AUGAAGCUAGUGAAUUUCAGAUUUCAAUUGAUGGCAGCACUUCUGUGCUUCUUUUACAUGUAUGCGAAUGUGAUAGCAGAAGUGAAGAACUUGCAAUCCAAGAAGACUUACAUAAUUCACAUGGACAAGUCCUAUAUGCCAGCGAGUUUCAAUGAUCACGUCCAGUGGUAUGAUUCAUCUUUAAAAUCAAUAUCAGAAUCUUCUGAUAUGCUUUACGCUUACAAUAAUGUAAUCCAUGGCUUUUCCACAAGACUCACACCUGAAGAAGCUGAAUCGCUUGAAAAACAGCAAGGAAUUCUCUCUGUCCUGCCUGAAAGGGUGUAUGAGCUGCAUACUACUCGAACCCCAGAGUUCCUUGGAUUAGGAAAAAGUGAUGCUGUCCUCCCUGCAUCUGACUCGGUUAGUGAGGUGGUUGUUGCAGUGCUAGACACCGGCGUCUGGCCAGAAUUGAAAAGCUUUGAUGACGCAGGUCUUGGCCCCAUUCCAAGUACCUGGAAAGGAGAAUGUCAGAUAGGCAAGAACUUUAAUUCAUCAAGCUGUAACCGGAAAUUAAUUGGAGCCAGGUUUUUCUCACAAGGGUAUGAAGCGGCAUUUGGACCCAUUGACGAAACAGUUGAAUCAAAGUCCCCAAGAGAUGAUGAUGGCCAUGGAACUCACACUUCAACUACAGCAGCUGGGUCAGCGGUUUCGGGAGCUAGCCUAUUCGGUUAUGCUACUGGGAUAGCACGUGGGAUGGCUACACAAGCCCGAGUAGCAGUUUACAAAGUAUGUUGGGUUGGUGGGUGUUUUGGCUCUGAUAUAAUGGCUGCGAUGGACAAGGCUGUCGAAGAUGGAGUGAAUGUCAUAUCCAUGUCUAUUGGGGGAGGACUCACUGAUUACUAUAAAGAUACUGUUGCCAUUGCAGCUUUCACAGCAACAGCACGGGGAAUUAUGGUAUCAUGUUCAGCAGGAAAUGGCGGACCAAGUCAGGGCAGCUUGUCCAACGUUGCUCCUUGGAUAACUACUGUAGGUGCUGGAACACUAGACCGAGAUUUUCCAGCCUAUGUAACCCUUGGAAAUGGGAAGAAUUACUCAGGCGCAUCACUUUAUAGUGGAAAGCCAUUAUCUGAUUCACUGGUGCCAGUGGUUUAUGCUGGUAAUGCAAGUAGUUCAACGAGUGGUUAUCUCUGUAUGUCAGGCACGUUGAGUCCUGCAAAAGUUGCUGGGAAAAUUGUGAUAUGUGAUCGAGGGGGGAACAGUCGGGUGCAAAAGGGAUUGGAGGUGAAACAUGCUGGUGGCUUAGGGAUGAUUUUAGCAAACACAGAUUUGUAUGGGGAAGAGCUAGUUGCAGACGCACAUCUUUUACCAACAGCAGCCGUAGGACAAAGCAGCGGGGAUGCCAUCAAGAAUUAUGCCUUCUCUGAUCCUAAGCCAGUUGCCACAAUUGCUUCUGGAGUCACACAUCUAGGAGUUGAGCCUUCACCAGUGGUAGCCGCAUUCAGCUCUAGAGGCCCAAAUCUGGUCACCCCAGAGGUAAUGAAACCAGACUUGAUAGCUCCAGGAGUGAACAUACUAGCUGGAUGGACAGGUGCAGUUGGUCCAACUGGGCUAACCGAUGACUCCAGGCGGGUAAGCUUCAAUAUCAUUUCUGGUACAUCGAUGUCAUGUCCACAUGUUAGUGGGUUAGCUGCACUCCUCAAGGCUGCACAUUCGGAUUGGAGCCCAGCAGCCAUUAGGUCUGCCCUCAUGACCACAGCAUAUACAACAUACAAAAAUGGGAAAACCAUACUAGAUGUGUCCACUGGGCAGCCAUCAACACCAUUUGAUUAUGGAGCUGGACAUGUAAAUCCAGUAGCAGCCCUUGAUCCUGGCCUUGUCUAUGAUGCCACAGUUGAGGACUAUCUAAGCUUCCUCUGUGCAUUAAACUAUAGUUCAUCCCAGAUUAAGCUUGCCACAAACAGAGACUUCACCUGCGACCCGAGCAAGAAAUACAGUCUGGGUGAUCUCAAUUAUCCAUCUUUCUCUGUUCCUCUCCAAACUGCUUCAGGGAAAGGAGGUGGUGCUGGAGUAAAAAGCACUAUAAAAUACACCAGGACUUUGACUAAUGUGGGCCCUACAGCAACGUAUAUGGUUUCAGUAUCUUCUCAAACUCCAUCCGUGAAUAUCUUGGUUGAGCCAAAAUCACUUAGCUUCAGUGAACAAUAUGAAAAAAAGAGUUACACAGUGACAUUCACUGCGACUUCUAUGCCAUCUGGUACCAACAGCUUUGCUCGUCUGGAAUGGUCGAGCGGGAAACAUGUCAUUGGGAGUCCGAUAGCUUUCAGCUGGACAUAAACGAAAUCUUGAGAAGUUGGAUGAAUGACUAUUAUUUUACAAGACAUCAAGUGCCUGAAAUUUAUGUAUGAUGAACGUUUUUACAUUCCCCUUCUAAUGUUCCAAGUUCCAACAACUGAUCCAGCAAUAGUUAGCUGGGUUUGUAAUUUCUCUCUCAGAUGAUCAAGGGUCAAAGAAAAAUGAGGGAAAAAUAACUGCACAGAAAACCAAGCAAUUAAUUGCAUGUGAUGUUAAAAUGGAUUUCUAGUCA